GAAGUUAAACUUUAUUAAGUUCAUGGCAUCGAUUGUAGGAUCUAAAGUGCAGUCCCGGAUAAGUCAUUGUGGCCAGCCCAUUCCUUCUUGGACUGAAACUGCCCAAGAAUAUGAAGUAGUACAACACUUUCCAGAACUGGGGAAAAGAUUUGAGACUGGUCAUCUAUGUUUAACUCUGAAAGAACGAUUUGAGCUUUUAGAGUUAGCUGAGAGUGUUGAAGUUGCUGCUACUCCAACUCUUCAUGAGAAAGUAUCUCUUUUAGCUGGUGGUAAUCUAGCUCAUGUUGAAGUUGAUGCUGUUGUGAAUGCAUCUAACCACUGGUUAACUACUGGAAAAGGAGUAAAUGGAGCAUUACAUUCCGGAGCUGGUGAGUGUUUGUUGGAGGAAUGCAUUCGAAUAGGAAGAUGUGAAGUUGGUGACGCAAAACUAACUAGUGGAUACAACUUGCCAGCAAGAAAUGUCAUACAUACUGUAGGACCUGAGGGUAAAGAUGUAGACAGAGAGGAAAAACUAAGGAAUUGUUAUAGAAGUUGCCUGGACUUAUGUUUGAAGAACAAUUUCAAGUCCAUAGCGUUUCCCUGUAUAUCGACAGGACAGUACUGUUAUCCAAGCGUAGAAGCUGCUAAUGUGGCAUGUAAUACAGUGAGGAACUGGUUAAUACAAAAUGCUAGUGAAAUUGAAAGAAUAAUAUUUGUAACAAGGAAUACUAGAGAUGAAGAAGCUUAUUAUACUUUGAUGUUAAAAUAUUUUCCUACAAAAUAGUUCAAUAAUCUUUUUAUUUGUAAUGGAAUCUAAAUGUACACAUGUGUGGUAACGUUGUAUUUUUUAUUAUACAUGCUAUUUUGUUCAACAUUGUAUCUUUUUUAUUAUCUUUAAAAUAUUUUGUCAUUUAAUAUGAACAUUAUGUACUUUUAUAACUCUAA